CCAUGUGAAUACAAUUAAUACCUGUCACAAGUGACAUGAGUGAUCCACUUCAUACCUGUAUAAUAUAAAGCCGUGAGCAUUUACUGAAAACAAUAUUUGGAGAAAUAUUUUCCGAUGAGCACGAUGGAGGAAAAGCCACCACCAUAUUCCGAAAAGAAUGGUUUUUCAAACAAGGCUUAUGAUGCAUCAUUAGACAGUGUUCAUAUUGAGGAAAGAAAAGCAGAAGAAAACAGAAAACUACAAAAGGAAAAGGAAUUGGAAGACGAUCCUUGGGCCUUACCGGAUUUGGAAAAUACAGAAACACCAUGGGAUGAAUUGGAUACAUGUGGCAAAAUACUGCGAGUGACGUGGCUUAUUAUGAGGAUUAUAAUGUUUGUAGCCUUCCUGUAUUUCUUUAUUUGUUCCCUUACUUUCCUUAGUGAUGGAUUCAAGUUGGUUGGAGGUAAAUCUGCAGGAGAAAUCUUCAAAAGGAACGAAAUUCUAUCCAAUCCAGUGGCAGGAGUAAUGAUUGGUGUUCUGGCUACAGUUUUAGUACAGAGUUCUUCUACCUCAACCUCAAUUGUUGUUGGCAUGGUUGGAGGACAACUUUUGGAUGUCAAAACAGCUAUCCCAAUAGUGAUGGGUGCCAAUAUUGGAACUUCUGUUACCAAUACUAUUGUUUCCAUGGGACAGAUAGCCAAUAAAGAUGACUUUCGAAGAGCCUUUGCUGGAGCAACAGUCCAUGAUAUGUUCAACUGGUUGACAGUUAUUAUUCUUUUACCUAUAGAAGUGGUAACAGGUUAUCUAUAUUGGCUCAGUGAGAAAAUAGUAAAUAAUAUCAACCUCAACCAAGAUUAUGAAAAACAAGAAUUUCUUAAAAAAAUCACCAAACCAUUUACCAACCUGAUCAUAAUACUUGACUCAAAGAAGAUCACAAAUUUUGCAAAAGGUGAAGAUGUGAAAACUUUAUUGAAAGACUGUUGUGUAAAAGACACAGUAUUGCAGAAUGUAUCAUCUCUCGUAACGGUCAAUGAAACAGUUAUGUCUACAGUGGUUGAGGUGAAUAAAACAGAAUGGGGCUUGGAAGAAGUCAAAGUGUGUGUAGAAAAAUGUGAAUUUGCUUUCAAAGAAUCUGGACUGAAUGAUCAUGAAAUCGGAGUUAUUAUUCUUGUUGCUGCCUUAGUUAUGCUGUGUGUUUGCUUACUAGGAAUUGUCAAAACUAUGAAUUCAGUACUGAAAGGAAAUAUCCGAAAAGGUAUCAGAAAAUUUAUCAACUAUGAAUUUCCAGGAAGAUGGUCAUACUUUACAGGGUACAUAGCUAUCCUGGUUGGUACAGGACUGACAUUCUUGGUCCAAUCAAGUUCUAUCUUCACAUCAACUUUGACCCCACUUGUUGGAGUGGGAGUAGUAAGUUUGGAAAGAAUGUACCCACUGACAUUAGGGGCAAACAUUGGAACAACAACAACAUCCAUACUUGCAGCAUUGGCCACAGAUGAUAUUAGACUACCAUUACAAGUAUCAAUGUGCCAUCUUUUCUUCAAUUUAUCAGGAAUUCUCAUUUUUUACCCACUGACAUUCAUGCGAUUUCCAAUUCCAAUGGCCAAACAUUUGGGUAUGGUGACAUCCAAGUAUCGAUGGUUUGCUCUCGUCUACUUAAUCAUCAUGUUUGGCCUGUUCCCUUUUAGUGUGUUUGCUCUAUCUAUAGCUGGUUGGUAUGUAGUAUUGGCAGUACUGUUACCAAUAGCUCUUGUCAUAAUAUUUGUUGGUAUAGUAAAAGUAAUUCAACAUAAAAAACCAACAUGCUUGCCAAAGACAUUGCAGAACUGGAAAUUUCUUCCUGUGUGGUGUCGUUCCUUGGAACCAAUAGACAGAAGCAUUUGUGGACAAUUUACCUGUUGCAAAUGCUGUAAUAAUCAAUAUGAAGAUGAGGAAGCAUCAUUUGAAGCCACACAACAAAAUGGAAUACCAUCACGUUCAGACAACACAAGACUGUAACAUAACAUAAUGGCUGUUUUAAGAAAUAUGCAUCAAAGCAUGAAUUUUAGACAAUUUUGCCCAGUUACAGGUUUGACAUUAAGCCAAGUUUGAAAUUACAUCGGGUCAACCUACAAAACUAAAAACUUUACAACAGAACUGGCAACUUCUACGAAAAUUUAUAUAGAUAUGUUAGACUUGUAAUCGUUUGUAAGAAUUUAAUUUGCAACUGGCACAAAAAGGUGAGUGUGACCAAUCCAUAAUACAUUGAAUAAGUAUAAGAAACUAUAGUAGCCAAAACUAAGUAUUUGACAUUGUUUUUUUUUUAGGAUAUGAUGAUUUCUCUCGAGUCCAAAAAUGUUCAUAUCCUACAUAAUCAUCGUAUAUCUAAUAAAUUGAAAGUGUGGGAAUACAGAAUACCUUAAACCAAUGAUAUUCCACAAGUCUUAAAUUGGCAUCCAUGAUUAAAUGUGGAUGGUUAACAUUUUGAAUCUUAUUUGAAUCUAUAAUUGUUUACCUACUAUUGAAAGUUUAAGGUCAGACUUUAAAUUUGUUUUAACUUAUCAGCCUGUUACAUCAAGAUGGAAACAAUAUAUACUUUUCCCUAAUGGAAUUGAUAAUUACAUAGCUUGCAGACACACAAGUUCUCAUACCAGUGCUUUGUUGUAAAUCAAACUCAUCAAAAGUCACUUAAGCAAUGACAUAUUAUGAUGAUGGACAGUGAUAGACAUACAUCAAAAAUAAAACCAUGUAAUUUGAUGAUUGACAGUUGCAAAUUGAAUCAGUUAUAAGUCUACAGACAGUUUAAAAAUCUUUUAUAGAGACCCAGAACACUGGUUAAUUUUAUGAUUGACAGUUGCAAAUUGAAUCAGUCAUGAUAAGUCUAUAGAUACUUUAAAAAAUUUUUAAAGGGACUUUAAACACUUGGUAUAACAACUGUGACUUAAGCAUGUAAUUUGUAUACCUUUUAAUAGAUUAUUGAUGGAUUGUUGUCUCAAUGAUAUUUCACUCAUUGUUUUAUCUCUUUGAAAAAAAUAAAUGAAAUCUUUUUUCCUGAAAUAGUGAAUAGAAGGCUUUGAUUGUUUGUGCUUAUUUAAAAAAAAAACAAAAAAAAAAACAACAAAAGACAUUUAAAAAAAAAGCCUUAUACAAAAAUCACUUUAGUGGCUAUAUAAACAUUUGUUUCAUAUAAACCCGUUUCUGUUUCUAUUUGAGGUACAUAGAUGCCAAUUCUAUGAAGCAAAAAAAAAAAAAAGCAUCAAUUGUUCCUGUGGUUGAUAAUCCUGUUGAAUAAUGAAGAUAAACUAUCGGUCACCUGCUGGCAGGGCCUGAUCCUUCUUUGGGCACCAAACAAUAGUACUUCAAGCUUAAGAAAAGAUGCUUUGCUAUUUAAAGAUUAGAUCAACUCUAACAUAUAUAUGACCUCACCGCUUAUUUUAUCUUAUUUCCCUUCUGUAAAAAUAAAUCUAUAGAGUAUAAUGGAAAUCUCUGUAAAAUAUAAAAAAAAAAAAUUGCCAGUGUAUAUAACGCUAAGAUUUAAAAAGUACAGUUAUAAAAAAGGUCCUCCUCUUAUAUAUAUGGAUUAAAUAAUGUAUAUCCUUAAAAUUCUCAAUGAUUUAUAGGGCAAUAAACUGGUGUUCCUCACAAGCCUUGCAUAAUUUCCUACAUGAAAUUUUUUUAUGAUAAGAUGAUUAUACAGAUGCUAUCAGUGAUUUUAUAGACAUUAUGAGAAUUGAAAGUUUACCGUAUAGAAACAAUUGUUUUUUUUAUUCAUGUUGCUGUAUCAACUCAAACUGCAUCACAUCAUCUCUCUAAUGACCCGAUCAUCAUCUUCAUACUUUAAAAACUUGCACAGCGAGUGUAGACUUAUUUUCUUGCAUUCCUGAUGGAGAUAAAUCUAGAAAAGUCAUUCAAACACAUCAAAUUUCUUAAGUGUUAUUUUUUUUUUAUACCAUUUACAUUCAUCAAAAGCUGACUUUUUCCAUUCAGGGUACAUUAAUUAAAGGGUACAUACAAAGAAUGUGUUACAUAUACAUAAUAUGCAACAAAACUUGGCAUUAAACCAAUUUUUUUUGAGUGCAAUUUGCAUUUAAUUAUGUACAACUUUUUUACCUGUACAACCUUGGGUUUUAUAAACAAAUUUAUUUCACUAAUUGCUGUAGAUAUUUUUAUCUUUUUUAACUACAAAUUUUAUGUUAUUUAAAAUAUUACCAGUACUAAGUAUGCUGGUUGUACUUGUACAAUAACCAUAUAUUGUUUAUAAUAAAACUUUAUAGGUUUCCAUA